GAAGACGUUGAGCACAGAGGUUGGCAGCAACAUCCAGCUGAGUCUCAACACAAAGCAUCAAAAUCCUGCAGCCAAGGACUGGAUCACUCACUUCACCAUCCUGGUCCUGAGUAAGGGCCAGAUCGUGUAUGCCAAACAUCAGUUAAAAAGUCAUGGGAGUGUCUACACGUCAGCCAUUAUUGACGUGACUUCAGAGAUGCUUCCUUCCUUCCGCAUCCUGGCCUUUUAUUUACUGCCAAGGGGAACAGGGCAGGACCCUGAACUGGUGGCUGAUUCCAUUUGGAUUGCUGUGAAUGACAAAUGCAAAGAGAAGCUGAAGGUUGGCAUGAAGAAUGAAGGAUACCUCCAGCCUGUACAGCCCAGCAGCCAGGUGGAAUUGAAGGUGACAGGUGAUGCAGAGGCCACAGUGGGGCUGGUGGCCGUGGACAAGGCUGUCUAUAUCUUGAACAGCAAACACAAGCUCACACAGAAGAAGGUCUGGGAUACGGUGGAGGAACAUGACAUUGGCUGCACAGCAGGCAGUGGGAAAGACAGACUUGCUGUGGUCAAAGAUGCUGGAUUGGACAUGAAGAUGAGCACAGGCAUGGACACUUUGGCAAACUCAGACUGGCACUGCCCCCAGAGCCCAUCUCCCAGCCGUCACCGCCGCUCCCUGAAGAGCCUGGAGACCAAGAGGAAUGCAGUGAACAAGUUCGAGACAGAGCUGGAGCGAAAGUGCUGUGAGGCUGGGCUCCGGGAGAGCCCAGUGGGACUAUCGUGUGUGGAGAGGACCCAUCAUGUCCGCUAUGGACCAGUCUGCAUCGCCGCUUUCCUGAGCUGCUGCCAUGUGUCUGAGGCCCUGCGUCGGGAGGCCCGAGAGGAGCAGCUGCUUCUGGGGACAAUGGAUGAAGACGAGGACUUUGAUGACAUCUUCCAGGAGGACCAGCCUGUCCGGAGCUUGUUCCCUGAAAGUUGGUUCUGGAAGAAGAUUACUCUGCCCAAAAGUGAAUCGGGCAUCUCGCACUACAGCACCCGUGUGACCGUGCCAGAUUCCAUCACCACAUGGAAGUUUGUGGCCGUCAGUGUCAAGGCUGGACAAGGUCUUUGCGUCUCUGACCCCUUUGAGCUGACAGUUAUGAAAUCAUUCUUUGUGGACCUUAAGUUGCCCUUCUCCGUGAUCAGGAACGAGCAGGUCCAGAUCCAAGCUGUGCUGUACAAUUUCAGGGUCCACCCGGUCAAGGUCCGAGUGGAGUUCCCCCACAAGGAGCCACUGUGCAGUGCGGCAAAGCCAGGAGCCCCUUCCCGCCAGGUGGUUGUCGUGCCCCCCACCUCCUCCAAGAUGGUGCCUUUCGUGCUUCUCCCACUUGAAACAGGCAAAGUGGAUGUGGAGGUCAAGGUCAUGGGCUUUGGGGUCCAGGACCACGUGAGGAAGACACUCCUGGUCCAGGCAGGGGGUCAGAUACAGCAAAUAUCCCAUAGCAUCCUCCUGAACCCCCAAGGUCACACCCAGAUGGAGCUGGUGCCAAAACAGGACUUUUUGAACAAGAUGCCCAACACAGAGGCAGAAGUGUUUGUCAGCAUUCAAGGUGACAUCCUUGGAGAGACCAUCCUGGGCAGCCUGACACCCAAAGAAACAAGGCGGCUGCUGAGGGUCCCCACUGGCUGCCCCGAACAGACGCUGAGCUCCCUGGCACCCGUGAUCAUCCUGGCACGCUAUUUGGAUAGCACAGGCCAGUGGAACAAGGUUGGGGUAGAGCUCAGGGAGCAGGUGAUGAAGAACAUUGUCAGCGGGUACAGCCGGAUGCUGACCCACCGGAGCGCAGAUAGCACCUACCACACCAGCAAGGGAAACCCAGGAAGCACCUGGCUCACGAGUUACGUAUUCCGGGUCUUCGCCCUGGCCUACCCUACCAUGACAAUGGGGGCGUUCAACCCUGAGUCUCUCUGCACCAUUGCCAACUGGAUCAUCACCCAGAGGCAGGCGAAGGACGGGAGCUUCUUGGAGGAAAGCCCUGUGGUCAUGGGGUCCAUGAAGGGUGGCUACCGAGGCUCGGAGGCAAAUGUAUCCCUCACAGCUCUCGUCCUGAUCGCUCUGAAUGAGGGGAAGGAGUUGUGCAACCAGAAGAUACCGAACUUGGCUGCCAGCAUGAAGCAAGCCAGUGACUUCCUGGAGAAAAAACUCCCCCACAUUCAGACAACCUUUGCCGUAGCCAUAGUCUCCUAUGCUCUGGCCCUCACCAGGAGCCCCCGAGCCAACGACCGCCUGGACAGCGUUGCCAGCCAGGACAAAACCCAUUGGCCAGUGGACGACCUGGACACGGACUCCCUCUACACCAUUGAGGCCACGGCCUAUGCGCUGAUGCAGAAGCUGGAGCUGGGUCGGCACAAUGAGACGCACGCCAUCGCCAAGUGGCUACUGGAGAAACGGGAGCUGGGAGGAGGCUUCCAGUCCACCCAGACCACGGUCGUGGCCAUAGAGGCCCUCACACGCUUCCGUGAAGCUGUCCCCUUCGACGGUGUCCAGGAUCUCCGCGUCCAGAUCAGAGCCCCCAAGAGAGCCUUGAAUAUGGAAUGGCUCAUCGAUGAGAACAAUGCCUACCAGCUGCGGUCAGCAAAGUUCUCUGCCCAGGAUGACCUAGAGAUCAAAGCCAGCGGCAGUGGAAGAGGCACCAUCUCGAUCCUGACCAUGUACCACAGGUCUCCAGAGUCCUGGGAGGACACCUGCAACCUGUACCACCUGAAUGUGACUCUUCACACAGCCCCGAAAGAUAAUAAAAAGGGGGAAGCGACCUUUCAGCUCCGGAUGGAAACAAGGUACCAGGGUCAUCGAGAGGCCACAAUGACCAUCAUGGAGGUCUCCCUGCUCACCGGCUUCUACCCCAACCAGGAUGACCUCAAACAGCUCACGAGCGACGUGGAGAGGUACGCCUUCCAGUAUGAGACCAAGACGACCUCCAGCGACAGCACUGUUGUCCUCUACCUGGAGAAGCUCUCCCACGAGGUAGACACGGUGCUGGGCUUCCGCGUCCACAGGAUGCUGCAGGCGGAGUUCCUGCAGGCUGCCCAGGUCAUGGUCUACGACUACUACGAGCCUUCCCAGAGGUGCAGCUCCUUCUACAACCUGCCCACAGAGCACGCUUCCUUGAGGAAGAUCUGCCACAGAGACGUGUGCAGAUGUGCCGAGGAACAGUGCCCAUCCCCAAAGGACAGCGACCAUCUGCAGCAGGAGCAGCUCCAGGCAGCAGCCUGUGAGGUUGGCGUGGACUUUGUGUACAAGGCCAGGCUGGAGUCUGUGGAGACCUCCGCCUCCAGCCCCUACAUCUACUACAACAUGCAGCUCCAAGCCAUCAUCAAGAGUGGCACGGACUCUGCCAAGCCCCUCACCAUGAAGAAAUUCGUCACUCACGCCACCUGCCAUGACUCCCUGGGGCUGCAAGAACACGAGACAUACCUCAUCAUGGGCCAGACAUCAGACCUGUGGAGAGUCAAAUCUGAAUACACCCAUGUCCUGGGCAAGGAGACGUUCCUCAUGCACUGGCCAGUGGAUGGGGCAGUGGGCAAGAAGGAGUUGCUGGACCAGCUGGAGGGGUUUUCAGAAUAUAUGCGCACCCAUGGCUGCGAGUCCUGAGACCCUGAGGCCUCUGCUGCUCUCAGGGGGUUGUCUCCAAGCAUGCCCAGGUCCCUGGGCUUCACCGCAAAUAAAGAGCAAGGAAUAUCAUACUCAAACUCCA